AUGCCUCGCUCUCACCCCGGUACAUCGUCAAUGUACCCCGGCUUACACGAUGAUGUCCAAACCCGCCUAGAGAGCAACGGUCUCAAAUUUAAUUUCCGAAAAAAUGGCGAUAAGAAGAAUCACACGAACUCGUACGAUAGUCAUAUAAUGGGCAGAUUCACAUGUGCAAACAAGAAUUGUAUUGCCGACGGCUGGACCAGCAAGAAGAUAGCAGUCACCAUACGUCAGUUCCCUGGAAAUGAGUACAACGCAGAAGUGUACCAUCAGCGCUGUUUGAAGUGCAACUGGCUGAGCAAGCCGAAACUCGACGAUUCCUACGCUGACAGGGUCGCUUAUCGUCUCAAGAAAUGGUCGGGAAUGCAUGUGGAACCUCGCCCAUUCUCAGGGGACGUCAAGGGCGAACCAGAGACGCGAAAAGAAUAUGGUUCUAAGCCUAGCGUUCUCGACCACUCUGGAUUCGGAAUGUCUCAACCCUUUGAGGAGGCGAUCGCGAAUCAAGCCCCUUGCUCUCCACUCUCGAGCCAACAUGUUAUAUUCAUGGAACAAUACCACGCCUACUAG